AUGUCGGACGUGCUCGUAUACUCCGGGCCCGGCGUGUCCACCUCGGCGCUGCACCACACGCUCAGGACGCUGCGCACGCUGCUCACCACGUACGAUGUCAAGACGGUCGAUGCGAAAACGCUAGCCCUGGAUCCGUGGCAGAAGGGCACUGCGCUCGUUGUGAUGCCCGGCGGUCGCGACCUUCCCUACGUCUCGGAACUGGCUCGUGCCUACUCUCGCGACAACGGUGGAUCUUCGGGCGCACCGCAGAGGACGGCUGCUCGCGAGAUCCGCAGCUACGUCGAAAGCGGAGGCACCUUCCUCGGCAUCUGUGCUGGCGCUUACUACUCGUCGGCCCACUGCACCUUUGAAAAAGGCACACCUAUGGAGGUGGACGGCGAACGGCCAUUUCUGCGCUUCUUCCCUGGAGUCUGCCAGGGCACAGUGUAUCCCGGUUUCGUCUACGAGUCCGACAAGGGCGCACGCAUCAUCGAUAUUGAACGCAUCACCGAGCAGGGCGGCAAAGAGCAGUGGAGAUGUCACUACAACGGCGGAGGGGCUUUCUUGGAUGCAGACCGAUUCGCGGGGCAGGGCGUGGAAGUGCUCGCACGCUACGCCCACGUGCAGCCAGACGAGCUUCGACUCGAUAUCGACCUGAAUGGUGGUGGGAAGUCAACAGCGGUGGAGCAAAGGCGAGACUAUGCGGGGCAGGCAGCAGUGGUGCUGUCUUCCGUCCGAGUUGGGAAAGCGUUGUUGUUUGGAACACACCCGGAAUUCCCGCUUCUGCCAACGUCGACGCCCGUGCUGUUGGCGGAGAACAGUCGGGUAGAGACGCAGGAGCAGAGCGAUCGCGAGGAGCAAGAGAAGCAGUUGAGGGCGCACGAACAGCGACGGCUGCAAUGGCUGCAUGAGCUGUUUACCAAGCGAUUGGGGUUGCGAUCCGAGGUGCCGCAGUGGGCUGUGGCUGCACCGACACCUGUCCAGGAGAAGGCGGGUACGGCGGGAGGGACAGCAGUCGAGACGGACGAGCCCAAGCUGCAUCCCAUCUUUUUCGCAUCAAUCGGUGCCGGAUCGAACAGAGUCACCAACGGCAUCGUACAGAGGAUUUCCAGGGAAGCUACACCACCCUCUGCACACAUUGACGGAUACGACGCGUGCGCUGCGCUCCAAGGUGCUACGUUGGCCAGCCUCAAAGACUCCAACGAUGCGAUGCAUUUCGCCUCAGCAGAUGCAGACAGUGUUCGCGAGGCUCAACAGUUGUGUACCUCUGCGGACUACGAUGCUUUUUCCAAGCCCAUCGUGCCAGCACCAGCCGCCGACGGGUCUGCUGCAGAAGACUCUAGCCAGGACAAGGAAGUCGACUUGGACGCUGUGCCCAAGUACAUCCUCGUCUGUGACCAAACCCGACCCUCCGUCGAAGUCCUUCCCUACUGGAACAUCGCCGAGUACGAAGCGCACCUGGUGCACUUCCGGAAAGUCAACCUGCAACGAGAGCAGGACAAAGAGCCCGGCCACUGGUCGACGUGGCGUGCGCCGUUCGAUCCGUUCAACCCAUUCGGCUCCACUGGCGGCUCCGCUCCCAGUGCAAGGAUCGAAUUCGGAACCCCCAUGCUGUACACGCAGAUGGUAACCUCGACGCAAACGAUGCUCGAUAAGAACUUCCGCUUGCUCUCUGCGCUUCCUGUUGGCACGACGUUCUUUGCCACGCAGCAGAUGAGCGGUCGCGGACGGGGCGGCAACCGAUGGAUCUCGCCCAAAGGAUGUCUGCAAUUCUCAGCUGUCUUCCGCGUGCCCGUCUCCAUGGCGAGCAAGACGGUCUUCCUCCAGUACCUUUCUGGCCUCGCUGUGGUUGAAGGCAUCCGCAUCGCGCUCGGCGAUAGUGAUGCGGCGAAGGCCGUGGCAGACAAAGUCCGCAUCAAGUGGCCGAACGACAUCUACGCAGAGAUCCCGCCUGUCGAUCCGAACAGUGCCAGCGCACGGGCUAAGACGGCUACGUUCGAACUGGGGGGCAAACGGUUCGCCAAGCUUGGCGGGAUCCUGGUCAAUUCUCAGUUCAGCGGUGGAAACGACUUUGUGCUCAUCUCCGGAUGUGGCGUGAACUGUCUCAACAGCCGUCCGACCACGUCGGUUUCGGACCUCAUCGCGAUCCACAACGAAGCGGUCAAAGCCGGUAACGCAGACGCAGCCCCAACGGCUUUGCUGCCAUCGAUUACGCAGGAGAAACUGGCGGGAGCGAUCCUGUCGACGUUCGAUUCGAUCUGGAAGGUGUUUUUGCAGAACGAGGGCGACUUCAGGCCGUUUGUGGACAAGUACCGCCAGAUCUGGUUGCACAGCGAUCAGGAGACCACGUUGACGUCGGACGCUAUUCGCACCGGUGGAGGUGGAGCCGAGGAGGAAAGCGUGAGGAUCGUCGGCAUCUCGUCUGACUUUGGACUGCUGCAGGCGGUGCCGAGGGCGUCGAGUGUGCACGCUAAGGAUGCGAGAGCGUGGGGCGACACGGAAGCUUCGCAGGCGGCAGGGAUCAUUCAGCUGCAACCGGACGGCAACUCGUUUGAUAUGCUGCAGAACUUGGUCAAGCGGAAGAUGUAG